GGGCAUCGCACGAGCAAACAUCUAUCUCCUAGUGCAAAAUAUUGCAGAACCAAAACCGAUUUUCUCACAAUUUCCAUGGAGUAAAUAACAUUUUUAAGCAAAAACCUUUCUAGACAAACGCCAAUGGCGCAACAAGUUCUGAGAAAGGCACACAACCCCAACGAUUGUUUUCCCAUAGAAUGCGCAGAGCUUGUCCUACCAUGGCUCACACCACCAGAGCUCGCCAACGUCUCUAUGACCUGCAAAUCCCUCCGCCAAGUCUCCCACUCCAUCACUCUCCGCCGUUCCUCCGACGCUUCUAGAAGCUUCGAGAACUUUCCAGUCCCCUUUCUCAACACCACCUACCCUCCUUACGCCCACUUCAUCUACACUCCUUCCCUCCUUCUCUCCUCUCAACACCUCCCUCGCCAACCGUGGGGGGGCAGGUCCGUAAUUUCACCUGCUCCCGCGCUGAGUGCGGAAUCGGUGAGUUUGGUGGACGAGUCGGGCCGGGUAGUGUCGGGGUGUGACUGCCGCGAUGCCUGUUCGGAUUGUCCGUGUUCUUGCUUGGACGGGCUUGAUGUAGGCCGCGAGUGCGGACCGGGUUGCCGGUGCGGACCAGAGUGUGGGAGCCGGUCGAGCCAGAAGGGGGUUGCGGUUCGGGUGAAGAUCGUGAGGGAUGGGAGGAAAGGAUGGGCUUUGUGUGCUGACCAAUUCAUUCGGAAAGGGCAGUUCGUGUUUGAGUAUGCAGGUGAACUCUUGACAACCAAGGAAGCACAGAAGAGACAACAAUAUUAUGAUGAACUAGCAUUGCAUGGUCGUUUCUCUUCUGCUCUUUUAGUUAUAAGGGAGCAUCUUCCAUCUGGAAACGCAUGUUUGAGAUUGAACAUCGAUGCUACUCGAAUUGGAAAUGUUGCGCGGUUUGUAAAUCAUUCAUGUGAUGGUGGUAAUUUAAGCACAAAGCUAGUUAGAAGUUCAGGAGCUUUGUUCCCCCGCCUUUGCUUUUUUGCUUUGGAAGAUAUCCCAGAAGAUGAAGAAUUCAGUUUUAGCUAUGGAGAAAUCAGGAAAAGAUCCAAUGGAUUGCCAUGCUUUUGCAAUAGUCCUUCUUGCUUUGGAACAUUGCCCUCAGAAGAUACUUAAGGCAUGUUGCUUUUAGGGAUAUUAGCUUACUUUAGUUGAUAGAGGGAUUUUCAUUUUGGUUUUCAUUAGAUGAAGAGGAAACCACAUUUUAGGGGUUGAGAUUGACUUAACAAAGGGUAGUUUUAAUACAUCUGAUAAUGUUCAUAACAUGCAUUGCAGGCCAUCCGCAGUCUGCCAAAUAUCUAUGUAACAGGUACGAAUAUUUUUCAAAUGUUUGAUGGUUCUGUUGAUGCAUACAAAGCAAACAUAGGAUAGAGAUGGAAUGAAAACAAAUAAAAACAGCCACUCAAUGGCGGGGAAAUACUAUAUCAUUGUUCAACAACGGCGGAAUCUUGCAUUCUUCUUCAUCUUCUUCCUCAUAUUUGGGCAACUGAGAGAAUUGAACAGGCUCUAAGUUGUGUGAUGAGGGUGCUGUUUCCAUUGCAUAGUCAAAACCUGGGUUGAAGUUUGGGUACGCUGACUGGAACCCUAUAUUGGUGUGUUGCUGCUCUUGUGUGCUCUGGAGAACAUUUGGAUAUGCCAAACUACCAUGUAUUAUCUGAGUUUGCAGCAUAGUGAGCUGUUCCUGUAAAGAUGCAACCUGAAUUGGCAAAAAAUGUGAGUUUUUUAUGGAUGAAUAAAACUGUUGUAGCUUUGUCUUUUUCCUUUA